CGAACUGUCCAGCCGACAUUUUGUUUCUCAUCGCAGCCAACCGCAACGUCUCUUUACGAACAAACUCCUGCUGGUGCUGGCUGUUUCAUACGGCCGGAGUUUUCGAAGAUUCUGUGUGGCUCUCAUCCGUAGGAAUCAACUCCGUCGGUCGUCGUCGGACUGUGUAUAGUGUCUCGGUGAUCGGAAUUGAACGCGACAUCCCCGACGGUCACUGCGGACGUGUCGGCCAAAAAUUGCGGACGGAAAAAUAGUGCUGAAAGUGUUCAUUUUUUCUUUCUUCCUGCUGCGUUGGAAGUAGCCUCUCUGGGAAGUAGUGCUGCUAUGUAGUGUCGGACCGUGGCCUAAGCUGAAGAGGAAAAUUUGGCCCCUUGCUUGCUCCUAAGCCCAAUUUGUUCUGCGAUAUCGAUAGAAACAGGCGAAAAAGCAGCCAUCUAGUGGAUUUAUUCGGGUUUGGAAGGAACAAAGAACUAGUUAGAAGUUGUCGGAAUAUCAACAAUGGGUACUCGCGACGAUGAAUACGACUAUUUAUUUAAAGUUGUACUGAUUGGGGACUCCGGUGUCGGAAAAAGUAAUCUACUAUCGAGAUUCACGAGGAAUGAGUUCAACUUGGAAUCAAAGUCAACCAUCGGCGUAGAGUUUGCCACCAGAAGUAUAGAGGUUGACGGUAAAACAAUCAAAGCCCAAAUAUGGGACACAGCCGGACAGGAGCGCUAUCGGGCGAUUACGUCGGCCUACUACCGGGGAGCGGUUGGGGCGCUGCUUGUGUACGACAUCGCGAAACAUCUGACGUACGAGAACGUGGAGCGGUGGCUGCGCGAACUGCGUGACCACGCCGAUCAGAACAUUGUGAUUAUGCUGGUCGGCAACAAGAGCGACCUGCGGCAUCUGCGUGCGGUGCCCACCGACGAGGCGAAAGGUUUCGCCGAGAGAAACGGCCUCAGCUUCAUUGAAACGUCAGCGCUCGAUUCGACUAAUGUUGAAACUGCAUUCCAGAAUAUACUCACAGAAAUUUACCGGAUUGUGUCGCAGAAGCAAAUACGGGACCCGCCGGAAGGCAGCGUGAUCAGACCGAACCUGGAGAACAUCGACGUGAAGCCGACGAACCCAGCGACCGAUUCGGUGCGAAAACAGUGUUGCCAGUGACCGCCACAAGCAGAGCCGACGCGAUCUGCUAUUAGUUCUGCUGCUGAAGCAACAAUAAAAACUAGAACUGCUACUGCAACUUCAUCUAUUACAACUAACACUACUGCUAUUAUUAUUAUUGCAGCAGCGAUCAUCGUCAGUAGAAUCAGCAAGGAGAUAUUUCUCAAUAAUAAUAAUAGUUUCGGUAAUGUGCUUUUGAUUUGAACAAAACCAACCAAGAUAAUUCAAAUGAAAUGUUAUAACAAACACCUUAUCUAAAACACACAAAAUAAAGUAGUCGAAUUGGGAAAUAAGAUAAAAAAAAUCAGCUAAUCAAAUAACGCAAACUACUAUUAUCCCUCCUUACAAAUUGAAUAACAAAUAACUUUCAGCGGUACUAGAUGUCAAAUUUUCAGAUGAAUUGUCGAAGAAGUUUAACGCAACCUACCUAAAACUUGUUGUUUGAGAACCACAGAGUGCUAUUUCCAUUUUCGCAUGUUUUUUGAUUAGGUCUGUUCCCAACACGAAUCCAACAAAAAAAAAAAAGAAGAAAGUUAAAACAAGCCAUUGACGUUAUUUUCAUUUCGAUGGACUGGAAAGAAUUGAUGUUCUUGCACUGAAACAAAAACUAUAGUACACCUAUAAACAAAAAUACAAACACACGUACACCUAGGAAUACGCUCGUUUGCAUUAUUCGAUGGGCUAAUAGAACUAUUUCGGAAUUAUUUUUAAAAUGAGCAAAUGAACCGGUUUGAAACACCUUCGCCGAUAGCAGAGCUGCUACAGUAAUAGAAAAAGGAAUCCACGCAAGAGGCCAGCUAGUAGAAAAUUUCGCUUAAUAGAAAAAAAUGCCGCUUGACUGCAAGGAAUCAAUCAAGCUACGCAACAAUUUUGUGUUUUAACUAAAGAUCAAUGCUGACCUUGAACACGCAAAACAUAUAGGUGAUAUGCUGAGAGGGAAGAACUUUAUUUUAAUGACCAUUAUGAUCAAAAGAUGAAAAAAUAAAAGUUACUUGGAAAAACAAA